UAUCAUAUGUUAGCAGAACACGUAAACUGCACACUAUAUGCACUGUGCACGUAAUUGUGAUCAGCCACUGAUUUGCAAUGGAUUUUGAUGAUGUGUUGAAGAAAAUAGGAGAGUUUGGUCCCUAUCAAAAGCGAACGUUAGCAUUAUUAAGCGUAACAUGGAUUAUUAUCAGCCCCAUUAUGAUUUAUUCUGUAUUCGGGAUCGCCACGCCAGAUCACAGGUGUGGAAUUCCUGGUUAUGAUAAUGAUACCUACAACGUCCAAAACAGUCAACACCAGGAAUUAAUACAGAAAUACAUUCCUAUUGGCCCAGAUGGAUUUUACGAUAAAUGUCACACGUUUCGAUUCAACCAAUCGACACCUUUCUUUUUUAAUGUCAGUAGAACGUUGGAGGAAUGUUCUUCGUGGGUAUUUGACAAAUCUCUCUUUGACGAAACCAUUGCCACAAAGAUGAAUCUUGUCUGCAAAGAGAAGUAUAAAGUUUCUCUGAGUAAAACUGUCUUCUUUGGAGGAGUUCUAAUAGGAUCUUUUUUGUUUGGGAUGCUUUCGGAUAUGUUCGGACGUCGAUUUACCCUUUUGAUCGGACUUUUAAUUGUGUUCGCUUCAAUUAUGGCGAUUGCAUGGGCAGACAAUUUUACAACCUUCGUCAUAUUGUAUAUGUGCGCUGGAGCUGGUGUCGUGGGUAUAUUUAUGACGUCAUAUGUCCUUGGUAUAGAGUGGGUUGGUCCAUCUAAGAGAAUGCUUGCUGGAUGUGUUGUUCCCAUAACUGGGCCGCUAGGAAUGCUUUAUCUUAUUCUAAUAUCAUAUCUAACACGUUCCUGGCAUUGGAUGGCUAUUUCCUGCGCUAUUCUGCUUGGUUUAUACAUUAUACUUUGGUGGUUUAUUCCCGAGUCUCCGCGAUGACUGUGUGGAAAAAACCGGAAACAAGACGCCGCCAUUUUGUUGAAGAGAGCAGCCGAAUGGAACCACGCAGACUUUUCUUCAGAGAUACUGGACAAAAUUGUCGCCAAGGAGACGGAGGCAGCCAAAGUGUGGCUGUUGUUCUCUGACAGGACGCUCGGAAUAA